AUGGAACCUUGUAGUUCGUCUCAUUCAACCGAAAGCGAUGUUCAAGCUGAGAACCGGCUUCAUAAUGUCCAAAAUAUGACUGACUACGAGAUGUUCUACUUCAGGGAGAUAUAUUUGAGUAAGAUGAGUUUAAUAUUUGUCUUUUUUUACCUAAUUUUAGCCAAUGAAGGAUAAUAUAUGCGCCUAUUGCAAAACUUAUUCUAAAUGUUACCUAAUUUUCAGUAAAUCCGGGCAAAUUCCGAAAACCGAUGAAAAGAAGUUCGUUGGCAUCCUCAUGGAGACAUCUCACAGAUCAAGAGUUCGAUACUCAUCUGGAUCACGAGAUUUUCGAGAUAACACAACAAUAUGUUCCAAUCCCAACGCCUUUCAAGUUUGAUACCGACUACGAUCUGCCUGUUCAUGGUUAGUGUUUUAUAAGUUUUUUUGUUUUUAGGCCUAAAACCUGAUUUUGGGGUUAACCGCACCUUGUUUUUUGAAGCGAACUGACAAGAAUGUUGUUGUAGACAUGUUGAUGGAAAAACUGUUGUAGAUGAAGAAAAUGUUGUUGGUUUUGGUUGAUUUUUUGCUUAAAAGAUAGAGACAAGUCUGGAGUUUGAUUUUAUUAUUGUUUCGCGAGAGUUAUUGUUGGAAAAAUGAUUGUUUUAAGCUUGUUAUUAUGGGGAGUUAGUAGGAAAACAGGUAGGAAACGAUAUUAUUUGUCCUUAGAAUUCUGAGGUUUUUAUAUUUAGUGAAAUUAUACAGCAAAAUGAAGGUGAAUGUCUGGGCUUUUUUACUACAUUCAAUUCAUUAAUUAUUGUGGCUUUAUAGUUUGAGUUUUGAUCAAAAACAUAUUAUAGAUACCUCAAAAUACGAAAAAGGGCUGGAUUUGGCUUGAAAAUGGCGUUUUUGGUGGACUAGGCUUAUAUAUAACCAAAAAAAGCGUAGAUACACCAACUAGGUCCCCGCCAAUAUAAAAAAAAGUCGUCCGGGACCCGUUCCCACCUCCCCCCAAAUAUUGUUGCCAAUAUUUAUCAGGAACAUCGCAGGUGAAUUCGGAAUCGUGAUUGGUGGUGGAUGGCCCGCUGACCUCUACAUGGGACAUUGUCGGAUCUUCGGCUUCAAGACCUUUACCGAAUGCAUGUGCAAGUUGAAGAAUGUGAACCAGUUCACUCGAUGUUACAUCUUCAUUCAGCGAUACCUGUACGAUCGGCGUGUAGCACCGCAUGGACACUACUACGAGUACUGUGAGAACGAGGAGAGGUUGACGAAGCCGUUUUAUGAGCUGGAGCUGAGGAGAUUUAACGAGGUUUUGGCUGAUUUGGACUUGAAACGAAGUGAUGGGAGCCAUAUUGUUGUUGUUCAGGUAAGAAGAUUUAAUGAAAUAUUUUGUAUAAAAUUGAAAAAAUUGAUGUAAGAUGACGAAACAUUUCAUUUUGUUAAACAUCUCGAUGAGAAACAACGAAUUUUGGGCAAAAACAACCUUUUUGUUACCUAAAAUUCCCUUUUUUGUAUCUAAAACCACAUUUUUUCAAAAAAUCUAGACAAAAAAUCUUUCAGUUCCCCCUAGAACUGGAUGAUCGUCAACAAACCUUCAACAUGAACAACGUGCGACACGUUUGUGCCAAAUACAAGGACGUUGCGCACAUGUUUGAGUUCGUUAACGGAGAGAAAGGAGAGAUCUAUAAUGAAGAAGAGGUCAAUAGAAGGCUGAAAAAGGCGAUUUCGAGAGUUGUCACUACACCAAAUGAGGUUCUUAAGGUAGGGUUUUGUCAUGGAUAAUAUAAGUUUUCUCAUGGAUAAUAUAUUCUUUGGUACUAUUCUUGAAUUUUUCGACUACUCUUAUGUUUUCCUUGAACUUAUCGACCAAAAACCAUGAAUAACAUCUCUUUCGUUGCAGGAAAUGUCCCAAGCCCUGAGGACGAUAGUACAAGAGUUUGGUACCAAACAAGAGUUCGAAGACCGCCUUCGCGACCUCAACGCCGAGAAAAAGCACUUUUUAAUACCUAAAAUGAUGUCCGUCCGACCGCCCGGUUUCGGUCCGGAAGUGCAUCGACAACAAGGCCCCGGCGAGAAGGUUAACUCGUGGCUGAAUCGACAGAAUCAGCAGAUUUCGAGGCUUAAUGGGCCAUUACCUGGGCUGGUGGGCCAAGUAGGAGGGUCGAUUGGGCAAGGAGUACAAGUUAAGUCGGAAAAUGGCUUCAACAACCGCAGCUCAGGCCAAGAACUUGUUGACCGAACCCUGAUUCAAAGCCCCAGAGAUCAGAUUGUUCACCCCACCACCGACCCAGGCCCGAUGUUCACGCUUGGCCUAAAAUCCAUGGUCCAACGAGUAUUUUCAGCCCCAUCUCAACAGAACAGUCAUCAUGACGUGAAUUUUGGAAAUAAUGGUCAGCAUGACACAUUUUUUGGAAAAAGUGGUCAGCAUGAUCAAUUUUCGCGGUCGAUAUCUCGAAAUGGACACACCGCCGACCACAAUGACAGGAUUAACGCACCACCCCUCCCAAAUGCACCAUAUCGCAAGAGUCUUGGACAAUUUGCUCAUCAUGACACAAUUUCUGGAAAAACCGGUCAUAAUGACGCAAUUUUUGGAAAAAUCAGUCAUCAAGCCUCAUUGCCCGGGCUAAUCGACACAAGUUCCGGUUCAAACGGUCAUAAUGACAGGAUUUUUGGAAAUAAUAGUCAUCAUGACAUGAAUUGUGGAAAAAGUGGUCAUAACGACACGAGCUUUGGAACUAAUGGUAGCAAUGGUCAACUAAACACAACUCACGCCCCCGCCCCAUUGCUAAGGCCCAACAGCCGGAACCAGGACAACCUGGGCAACUUCUUCCCAAUUGCCAACGGCCAUGUACCACGACUCCCACCACCCUACGACCCCUACCAACAACAACACGCCUCUCCCUACUUCAGACCGGGCGGUAGACAUGAGAUCCGAGCAGCACUACCAAGAUACGAACCGCCCAGGAAUAAUAUCAGGCAGCCGGUGUUGUUGUACCCGCCACCACAGGUACCAUGUAGGUUUUUGGGGUUAUUGAAAGCAUUUUUGGGUCGAUUUAUUAGGAUUUUCAAAUAAUUAUGUGCCCCCUAAGUCUGAAAGUUUGUUUUGGGAGGGGUCCAGAAUUAUUUGAACAACUUAAAAAAUCCUCGGGGUUCAUUUGUUAGGUUGUUCAAAUAAUUAUGUGCCCCUAACCCCGAAAAAUUUGCUUUGACAAUUGGCAAAGAAUUAUUUGAACAACGUAAUAAAAAUAUUUUUGGGGUUAUUUAUCAGGGUUUUCAAAUAAUUCUGUGCCCCCAUUACUCCGAAAGUUUGCUUUUAAAGGGGGCACAGAAUUACUUGAAAAAGUCCAGUAAAAUAUUUUUGUGGUUUUACGGCCUCCACCAGGCCCAUCUUUUUGGCCCAGCCCACGGAUCGGGCCUGAAAAGUGGGCUCGGCCCGUUCCGCAUGUCUAGAAUUAAUAUCACUACUAUUAUGCUAAUUUCAGUAUUGUUUCCAAUCCGCUUCGCCCCACCGCCGCCGCCCCUAUACCCAAGCCAGUUUGUCGGCCGUGGAAGGCCAAGGAACAGGAAACCUAAUCGUGGCAUGAAGGGACAAAAGCCUCGAGGACCCUAUUUCUAA